AUGCUUGAAGGCUGCAACUUGUUUAAACAACGGAUAUGUUACUCAUUGUUAAGUGGUAAACCUGUCACAUUUGUUGAAAUACGGCCCUUUGAUGAGAAUCCUGGAGUUCGAGGUAUGAGUCUAAUAUCAUAUUCUUUACUUUGACUCUCACAGUUAUAAUAUAUAAAAUUAGCGACAUGUAAUAGUUAUAAUUUUAUGUGUUUGCAGAUCACGAAGUAAAAUUGUUGGAGUUGAUAUCAGAAUUAACAAACGGAACCAAUGUUGUGAUCAAUAAGACAGGUCAGUCUUAAAUUUUUGUUAAACAGUCUGUCUUUAGGUACACAAGUUCGAUUUGAGCCUGGAAUGCUAAAUGGAGGAAACUUGGAGUUUGAUUGUGGAAAUGAACGGCCUGUCAGUUAUUUCCUGGAGGCAUUAUUAUACAUUGCUCCAUUCUGUGGACAUCCUCUGAACGUUAAAUUAACAGGUGUGACAAAUAAGGAUGGAGAGUUGAGUGUCGAUGCAUUGAGGGCUUGUUGGUUGCCUGUUUUUAAUAAAUUCAUUUUAGACGAUGAGAAUUUAUCUAUUAAAGUAAGUUGAUAUUAUUUUUAGAUACGCAAGUAUUUGUUUCAAUUUUUAUACUUUUAAUAUAUCACAAUAUUUUCUAAUUUUAGAUUAACUCGCGAGGAUUUUUUCCUGAUGGAGGAGGAUUGGUGACUUUUACUUCACCUGUUGUUAAGAAGCUACGGCCUGUUAAGGUAAGGACUUUGUCAUAUAUUUAUUUUUUGUUUAGAGGUUAAAAGAAGGUAAAGUGUGUAAGAUACGAGGACUGGCUUACGUUUGUAAAGUCAAUUCUUCUUUGGCACACCGGAUGAUCGAAGCGGCUAAGAAACGUUUACAUGGAUACAUAGCUGAUAUUUAUGUGACAGUAGAUCAACGUAAAGGUGCUCAAGCCGGAAACUCUCCAGGUUUCGGUUUAUUUUUAACAGCAGAGACGACGGAAGGUGUGUUUUAUCAUGGAGAAAGCUGUUCAAAGCCUGCUGAAGACGACAAUGUGGUAACAGCUGAAGAUCUUGGAGAAAGCGCUGCUGAUAUGUUGCUGACCGAAAUCUUCAAGGUAAUGAUUGACAGUAACUUUGUAGAUAUUAGUUAUUAAUUGCGUUUUUUUCUAGAACUAAAAAUUUACAAGUUUCUUAUUUUAGGGAGGAGCUACGGACACUACAGCGCAAUCGUUAGCAUUAAGUUUUAUGGCCAUGAAUGACAGAGAUGUCAACAAGUAUUUGCUUGGAGAACCGUCUCUCUACACGUAAGUUUUAAAUAAAAAGUUAUAUUUUACAUUUAUGUGUGGAGGAUUAAUUUGAUUACAUAGUAUGAUUGAUUCUAAGAAAUUUAUGUUGACUAAAAAUCUUUUUUCAGAGUUUACACAAUGAGGAAUCUCCAGACAUUUUUUGAACAUCGUUUCAAGUUUGACGAGUUAAAAGACCAGAUGGAAUCAGAAGACCAAUCAGAAGAUUUUGAAGAGAAAGAAGGAUUCGGGUCGCAGAAUAAAGCUCUGGUAACAUGUGUUGGAAUUGGUUACCUCAACCUGAACAAACUUAUCUUAUAA